AUGCUCGCGUCUACGAAUAAACAUCAAUAUAAUCAUACAUAUGGUAUCGAUCUAUCUUUGCUUAUGAAUCAAAAUCAAAUGGCUAAACAAGACAAAACUUGUAAUUUAUGUUGUUUAUUUACAUUAGACUGUUUACAUCAAUUUCAAUCAUUAAAUUAUUCAAAUUUUCAACAAAAUAGAAAUGAAAAAAAUUAUAAUGCCAUUUUAUCGUCAAUAGACAUAUGGAAAGAAAAUAGUAGUAGAAACGCGAUUUCUCCUUUCUAUGAUGUUCCAAUAUGUUUUCAUAAUAAUUUUUCAUCAAGUAAUCAACAAAUAUUAUCAAUAAAAGGCUUCGAAAGCGAACAACAUUUAUAUUCUAUAAAGAAAACUGCAUCAUCAUCAUAUGAAAGGCUUCUUCAUUGUUUACCAAGUCCACCAAAAACAAGAAUCAGUCAAAGAUCAUCUAUCGAUAAUCAUAGAAUCGAACCGAUAAAAUUAAUUGAUAAUAUCUUGAAUGAACAGAAUCAAUUAAUAACGAGCAGUUCAUCAUCAAUUUUAACUAAACUAUCUACUACUCAUCAGGCAUGUUCAUGUUUAUUUUAUUAUUGUAAAUCAAAAAAACAUUUAUUAUUUAGUCGAAUAUAUCUCUUUUCUAAACUACAGAGUAAAAAUUCUAUUUUAUCUUCAUCAUCAUCAUCAUCCUCAUCUUUCGAUCUUGAUUAUUCUCAACCGAAAAGACAAAAACUGAGUGAAAAACUUUCCUCAACACAACCGCAAACAAAAUUAAUUGACAAUAAAUGUAAUCAAACAAGUUGUUCUAUUUCUCAAUCUACAUACGUCAGCGAGUCUAGACACGAAAAUGGAUUUCCCCAAAUAACGAUAAGUCAAUUUAUUAAAGAUAUAAAAAGAAAUCUUGAAACGUCUAUUGAUUCUCCUGAACCAAAACUAAAACUUAGUGCUCGAUUACAAUCAAAAUAUUGUCCAAAUACAUUUCAAAAGUCAUCUUCAAUCACCUUUACUAAUAAAAAUAAUCUCUUAAAAUCUUCUAUAUUUCCAACUGUUCCAAAAUGUUUAAAUGAAUAUUCUCAAUUAAAUUUCAAUUCAUUACAAAGUAAAAAUUCUUUCAAGUUAAAUCUUUUUGAUUCAUCUCUAUUUCAAUGGGAAAUAUUUAAUAAAAAUCAAAAUCAAAAUUAUUUCUGUCGAAACAAUUCCUCACUAUUCAUUAGUAAAUCUAAGCAUUCGAUAAAAUCAUUUCUAAACUUUAUUCAAUCUCAACGCCAAUAUGUUCCAUUGGAAUAUUCAUCAUGGAAUAUUUCAUUUUCCGAUUAUCAACCAUUAAAUUUUUCAUUAAAAAAAAGAAAAAAUUUAAAUCAAAAUUCAACUAUAAAAAAUCCUUAUGGACGUACAGGCUUAUCAGGUCAAAGUUUAUUUGAUAACUAUGGACCAAAUCGUUAUAUCAUAUCAUUAAUAAUUACCGAAAAGACUAAUAAAAAAUUUAUUCUAUUAAACAAAAAUAAAUUUGAUAAAUGGGAAUUGCCAAAAACAAAAAAACUUAAGAAAAAAAAUAUUCAUUAUCAUACACUUGACGUAUGUUAUUUAGAUCAUCCAUUAAAUACAGAUGAUGCAUGGACUGAAGUUGAAAUUAUUCUUAUAUCGAAAAAUCCUUUUAAAUUUUUUCAUGGAAAUAAAACAUGGUUUUCAAUGAAAUAUUUAGAUAAAUUAAAUAAUAUUGAAAAAUUCGACUUUGAUUUGAUUGAAUUUUACACAUAG